AUGACAAGUACAAUGUUUGCUUGGAAAAAUAAAGCAAGCACCAAUAAACAGUCAUCGCAACUGAAUAUUGGUAGUGCUGCCAAUGCAUCUGGAAACAAUAGUGGUGUUGGUGGAGCAGGAGGAUCAACAGCACCACCACUCAUCAAUUCAUCCAAUCAGCAGGCUUCACAAAAUAAUUUGACACCACAACCAAUAGCUACUAGUGUGAGUGUUAGUAGUUUCUCACCAAACAGUUUGCAACCACAACUAUCAUCACCAAUGCUGUCGGUGCCAUCAAAAGACAACCCAUUGACACAUAGCAACAGCACAGUUGGAUUGACGGCCAACAGCUCAUCCUCGAAUCUCGUCAAUUUGGCAGUGGCAAGUUCGUCACCAAUCAUGGGUAGCAACAUUGGAAUUAGCAGUGCAUCCGAUACAUCCCUUAUCUACAACAUGAAUGCACCGGUCAAUAUGCUGAACGGAAUGCCUAUCAGUCCAAACUCAGAGGGACCUCCAAUACUCCACAAACUAGUGCGCUAUCUCAUGUCCAAAGGAACAACAACAGAACUUAUUUUUAAAGCCAAUCCAUCGGAAUUGGAAAGUGAUGUACAAAUUGUUAAAAAGAAUUUACUUAAAGAUAUGGCAAUGGGAGAUAUUGAACAAAUACAACUUUCAACAUUUACAAAUAAUCCACAUAUUGUUGCAGAGAUUUUGAGACAAUAUUUACAUGCGCUACCAGAACCUCUGUUUUCAUAUCAUUUGUAUGAUAGUUUCUUGUUAACUCACACGAUACUAUCGCAGCAAGACAAGAUUUGGGCUUAUAGAUUCCUGCUGGCCUAUCUGCCUCAAGGAUUUCGUGGAACGAUUCGUGCAGUGUUAAGUUUACUCUCAAAGAUUCACUCGAAUCACGGUACAACAAAGAUGGAUUCAUCGGCGUUGUCAUCGAUUUUCGCAAGAGUCUUCCUACGUCCAGAGGAAGAAAUGUACUAUAUGAAACAGGAUCGUUUGAACACCGAGGACAUCGUUAGACUCUGGAUCGAAGAGUACGACCAAGUCACCAAACCACCCGGUCCACCCACCAAUAAAAUAACAACGGUGGCAGCGUUCACACCUUCGCACCCAGUGAGUCAGUCGGCCAACCCCAAUGGCGAUCCACUCAAUCCACUGUCACCAACCGGUGCAUCCACUGGCGGACAUUCUCACCCAACCAUUGGACUCAACAAAAUCAACUCACAAACUCAACUUACCAACGCUACCAAUCCACAACAAUCACCUAAACUCUCGUUGCCAACCAUUCCAAAGCAACAAAACACUCAACAAACUACAACCAUUAUCAAAGUUAAACCACCACUUCAAGCUUCAUCCAGUCAGAAUAACAUCAAACCUCCAAGUAGCAUAAGUGGUGCUACACCAACCAACAACACUUCCAACAGCAACAGUAACAACAGCAGUACAACAACUUCACCAACUCCAUCACCAAUAACUACUGCUGUUACCAAUCCAACUUCACCAACCACUCAAUCAUUGAACAACAAUAACUUGAACGUUUCAAAUAAUAACAACAACAAUAUUAAUAAUAAUACUCCUAUAAAACCAUCUACAUCGCCUUCAAAGCCAUCGACACCAACUACCACCAGUGCCAAACCACCAACUUCUGCUUACUCUUCACCAUCAUCACUAUCAACAUCAACAUCAAAUUUGAAUGCUAUCAAACCAGCAGCACCAGCAGCACCAGCAACAACAUCUUCAUCGUCACCAUCCAACUCCUCACUUACACUUUUAUCUACAUUGGACCAAGAGACUAUGGAUAAGAUUAAUAGAGUCAAAGGUACAACAGAAUCACUCAUUUCAGAGCAUGUGUGGAAUCAAUUAAAGAGUAUCGUAAAGAACAUCGAAAAAGAAACAAACUAUAAAGAAACUAUCAGAUUAUCAACCAUUUUAAGAGAUUCAAAGAGACAUAUUGUCGAUUCAACAGAGAAACAUUUAGGUAUUACAAAGAAUGAUGUAAAAUCAUUCCUACAGCAAUUCAAUAAGCCAGCUCAUUACAACUUGGCAGUGUUAUCACCAGAGUCAUUGGCAAACCCACCAAGUGGGGUGGAAGAGUUAAAACAUCACGAGUUGAAACGUGCGUCUCACUUGGCAAUCGAGGAACUCUCUGAUUAUAUUUUCAUGUUAAAGACCAAGAUUCACACAUUCGUCUAUAAGGAGCAUGUCAUCAUGACAGCCCAUGUCAUUAGUAAGUUAAAAUCGAUUUUCGAUCAAGCAGUUUCCACACCUGGAGUUAGCACUUCGCUUAGCGCAUCAGGUUCCCUCACCAUCAACAACGAAGCCGGCAGUCGUCUCUCGAUCUCACCGGAACACUCACCGUUGUCCUCACCAAUGACCAGCAAACGUCUAUCGAUUGGCAAUGACAAAUCUGCAUUGCGUGUGGUUGAGGUAUGCUCACGUGAGAUCACCGAUCGUUUGCGAUCGAUGCGCAAAGACUUGGAACACGCAUCACUACAAGAGGCAAUCGAAAUCGGUAAGGCCGUAAGAAGUACCAAACAAACACUACACGAACUCUACCAAGAGAACAACUACAUUCUGCCAUUGGAGAUCAAACCUGCGCCAUCAACACCCGACGAAGGUCAGUUAGGAACACUCAAGAAAACAUUGGAACCACUUUUGGAUCGUAUCUUUACUCAAAUCGAAACCGUUACCAAAACAGCUUCGAAUCCAGCUACCCCUGAGCAUGAAGGUAAACAGAUUCUCGAUAAACUACUAUUCAUAAACAAAGUAUUAUCACUUAAGAUAGAAGGUGCUAUCUUUUAA